GACGUCAAAUUUGUGUUGGGGGGGGGGGGGUCGCAGGACACAGAGCGAUGAAAUGAUGGCGGCAUUGCGAUGGUGUUUUUCCUGCUUCAUGAGCGAUGGCUCGGCUCACAUUCCCCUCAAGGAGAUGCCUGUGGUGCAGCUCGACACGCAGAACAUGGGCUGUGACGUGGUGGUGGUGAAGAGUGGCCGCAGGAUUUGCGGAACCGGAGCAUGCCUCGCCAACGCUCCCCUGCACCAGAACAAAAGCUACUUUGAGUUCAAGGUGCAGUCCACAGGCGUGUGGGGCGUUGGCGUGGCCACGCGCAAGGUGGACUUGAGCCGCGUGCCAUUGGGCGGUGACACGGAGAGCCUGGUGCUGAGGCACGACGGCACGCUGAGCCACCGCAGCGAGGAGUGCAACCGCCUGCCCGCCAACAGCCUGCCGCAGGAGGGCGACGUUAUUGGCAUCACGUACGAUCACGUGGAGAUGAGCGUCUAUGUCAACGGCAAGAACACGCACUGCAGCGCCUCUGGCAUCCGUGGGACUGUGUAUCCCGUCGUCUACGUGGACGACAGCGCGAUCCUCGACUGCCAGUUCAGUGACUUCUAUCACUCUCCGCCCUUGGGAUUUGAGAAAAUCAUGUUCGAACAACAGAUCUUCUGAGAGUGUGGCGUUCACACCGCUGCGCGAGUGUAAGUGGCUGUGUGAGCGCUUGCGUGCGCUCGUGUGUUUUUUUUGACGCACGCAUCUGUGUGUGUGUGUGUGCGCGUGCGUGUUUUAACCAAGCCAUUUUCUAGUGCUGUGUCCGACAAAAAUUUGUUACAAAAAUUUACAGGAAUUAUCAGUAAUAACCGUGGUGAACCAUGGCUUCAGUUUGACGAAGCUAAUAAUCUCUGCCUCGCCUUUUCCCCCAUUUUGAUCACGAAUUUCAGGUGGCUCUGUUUGUAAUAACUUGAAUGCGAAGACAGUAUCCCAUGUUAGGCGAUUUUUCUGGGCUUUUUGUUUAAAAAACCAGCCGGGUUUAGUCCAGAAGCUGAAGGAGUUUGUGUUGCCAUCCAAUGGCAAAAGUUCUAUUCAGGCCACUGGCAUCGCAUUCCAGAUAUUAUACAUUAAAUCCACUUUUGCUCACCAACAAGAGAAUGCAAAACCACAGGCAAAGGUUUUUUUGCGUGAAACUGGAGGCGAGAGAUGCCACUGGUGACGAUUAGGCUCGCUGCUUGAAUUAAUUAUGAAGAUCGCUUUGUGUUUUUUUAAGCCUUGGUGUUUCUGCGCAAAGAUAUAUUGUACGUUGGUAAAUUGGCACCUUUGUUGAAUAUGUAACUUUCAUUGUACGAAUGCUUUCUUUUCGUGAUAUUUGGUACAGAUUUCAGCCGGAUGUAACAUAGAAAUUAAGAGAUAAAGAAGACAUAUUUAAUCGCUACAAGACGUCCGAUUUUAAAUCGUGCUUAAUGAUAAAUACAGCUUCCGCUAAGUAUUUUUGAGGUCCCAUUACAUGUGCUUUAUUCACGGUCGGUUCACACGUUGCCGUUUGUCGUCGUGUGCAUCGUGUUUGUCCCGUUUUGUGAUGGGUUUUCUUGUUACAAAAAAAGACUGCACUGAAUGUUUUAUUCGAACAGUGAAGCCUCGCCAAGACAAGUAUUCUCCAUGCCGUUGCAAAGACCUCUUACUUUCAAAUCCUCAUUAAUAUAUAAGUCCGGCGUGUGUGCAUUCUUCUUAAUCGCAAUGGUAGAAAUAUGCUGCGUAUUUCAUUGAGGCAUUGGAAGAAUUUUACCAUCAGCCGCUAAAAACCAUCGUCCGAUUUGUGAUUUGUCCACGCGUGCGUACAUAUGUCUGCCUGCCGAUGUCCAUACCUGUCAACCCAUACGGUUUGCCUGUAUUCUUGUACAGGCAAAUUGAGUUUUCAGGUCAAUAUGGCUGACAGCCGUUUUCAAUACAGGCAAAAAAACUGCUUUUUUUGGUCUUUGUUUUUGUCUCUUGCUUGUGAUGGGACUUUGUAGGAUGAACGUUGGUUGACCAAUAAGGUCUGAAUUGGUAUGUAACAAGGUAAGCACUGAUAAAGGGUUGACGAGUUUGUAAUUGUCAUCAUUUUGUUUAAUUUAUAAAGCACUUUGUACAAUACACUCAUCAACUUGCUGUGUGCUUUAUCAAAAUUUCACCAAGUAAAGCUAAUGAAAUUGGUGGAGUUA